AUGAAGUUCAACGUCGUCAGCCUCGUUUCCAUUGCAGCCUGGUACCAACAACCCCCCUCCGGAAAGAAUCUUUCUGCACAGAAUGAUCGUGCAAUGAUGAAAGCUAAUGAUGAGAAAACUCACAGGGUGCCGCUCGCAGCAAGCCAGUUCUCCUGCCACUGCCAAAUCGCCAACAAUGGCAACGCAGUUAUUGCCGCCAUCAGACUCUGCGAUGCUGUCGGCGGAACUAUCUGCUACAACUCUGCCGGCAACUACAAUGUCUGUAAGACGUCAAGCCAGUGGACGGAGCAGCAGUGCAGGGACACGUUCCAGGGCAUCAACCAGCCGAACGAGAGGUUUAGGGCCGUUUGCACUGCUUACAACGGUGCUGGUUGCCCGGCCUGA